GAUAUAGAAAAGGAUAUUUGUCACACACUUUCUGUUCUCUCUGAUAAGAAGAACCGACUCAUUGUUGCAGAUUCAGAUGUCGGCAAAUGUGAAAUCUCGCCGGGAAAUUAUGAUCUAAGAUUUUUACAGCCAUUUUUUCCGGUGUUUAGGUAAAAUUGAGAUAUGCAAGAUAUACAUCCGAUUGGAGGUGGAGGAGGGCGGUUUUUGGGCGGUGCUGGUGAUCGGAGACUAAGGCCUAAUAACCACCAAAAUCACCAAGCAUUAAAGUGUCCUCGUUGCGAUUCGCUCAACACUAAAUUCUGUUACUAUAACAACUAUAAUCUCUCUCAGCCACGUCACUUCUGCAAGAGUUGCCGGAGGUACUGGACUAAAGGCGGCGUACUCCGUAACGUCCCCGUCGGUGGUGGUUGCCGGAAAAGCAAGCGUUCAAAGCCGAAAUCGACUACUGCCGACGACACACCGGAGGAACCUAAGUCUGAUACUAAUUCUAGUAGUGAGAGUUCCAGUCUUACUGCUACAACAACAGCGGCAGCGGCAGCAACGGCGAAUACCCCCGGCGCCGCAACUACAGAAGAUGUGUCGGCAACUUCUUCCAACUCUGCUUCCACUUAUCUCAACUUUCCAGAUUCCAAUUUCUUCAUACCUCACAGUACUAACCAAACCUUCGAUGAUCAGCCAUUAAUGGAGAACUCAGUCGAAGAUCAGUUUCAGGACAUCGGAAACUUCACAAACAUGAUGACGUCAUCAAAUGAUCCAUUCAACAUGGUUGAUAUCCCGGCUUACCGAUUGCCGGAGAACCAAAACUCAAACGAGCAAUGGAAUACAGAGACGAAGAUGGUAGAAACACUGCCGACAUCCGGUGAGAUGAAGAUGGAACAGAUGAGUACGGAUUUUUUGAAUCAAACAGGUCGGGUUGAUGAGUAUCCCGGGUUACAUCAAAGCAAUAGUGAACUCACUCCACUGAAUUGGCAAACUGGUGGAGAUCAUGGAUUGUAUGAUCUAACAGGUACCGUUGAUCAUCAAUCUUACUGGAGUCAAACACAGUGGGGUGAAAAUGAUAACUCUCUUAAUUUUCUCCCUUGAAGGAACAAAAAAUUUGGAGAGGUUAUAUCUUGUUAACUAUGUUGGUAUGUAUAUUCAUUUAUCCUAUUUUUAAAUUCGGUUCAUGUUUUUAUUUUGGGUGGAGUUAGGGUUUUGAAAUUUGUAAUUUCUAUCAUGCAAAUGUAACUAACCACUCCACGCUAAUUACUUUUUUUUUUGUUUAACUUUCCCGGCGGGAGUAUAUUUAGAUAUUAUUGCAAAUGAAAGUUUUAAGUUAAUCAGGAUACA